AUGGUCAGCGCGCGGAUCCGCGGCGUUUCCUCCGCCGGCGGUUUGGCCAAAAAUCCCGACUUUUGUCGUUGGACACCGUCCCCACGGAAUGGUCAUCCCUGCCGUCCACACAGCUGGUCGCUGCCCGUGCAACGUGCCGCUUCCCUGUCCCCAGGGUCCGGCAGGAUCAGGGAAAUUGCUGUUUCGUUCAGCCUGGUUUGGUGUUCGGGUGCAAUCCUCCGUUUUGUAGGCACAUAUGACCGUCUGACUCGCGCUGACUGGAGGAGGGAGGAACGGCUACGUCAUCCGGAGGGUUCUGGCGCUACCGGCGGAUGGCUUUUAAGGAGAACCCUCGAUAGUCUGGCAUCAGCUAGGAUACCUGGUAUCGACGACGACGACGAUGAUGAUGACAAUAGCGAUAGUCGCAUCUGA